AUGUCAGAUCUGUGUCAAAAAGCAUCUACCGAAGAAGAAUUACUGUAUUAUUUUCACUGUACAUAUAUAACGGAUAGUAUGACCAGUGAUGAUCAACUAGAGUCAUCAGUUCUUUAUUUAUUACCAAAUUCCAUUGGAAAAGGACGUUUACAAGUGUUUAAAGAUGCCUUAGUAAAAAAAUUUCAUUUAAAUCUCGUUGACAAGUACGAUAUUACAACAGUGAAUUAUGUCAUAAUUGAAGAUAGUCUCGAUGUACACGUUGUCUUAGAUAAAAUACUCAAUGUUUUUCAACAGUAUCAGAACAGUAAUAAACCUAUACUAAUCAGAACACUAUGGAUAAGUGAUUCAAUUAAAUCAAAACAAUUGUUACCUAUUCAUAAUUAUAUCUUAACAGUAUCACAUGAGAAUGAAAAUAUCAUACCACCUUCAAAAAAAAUAAAAAUAUCAUCAUCAUCAUCAUCAUCACAAACGGCAGAUAGAAAUGUUGAAUUAAGACGAUCUCCACGAUUUAAACAAGCAAAUGAUGAAAUCUCAACAAUAUCGCCACGAAAAAUACGACAACCAUCUUCCUAUUCAUCUGACUCAGAAAAUGAUAGUGACGAUUAUACAAAGAAAGGUCAUUGGGUAUGUUCAGAAUCAGCAACAUUUGCAUCUGAAAAUCCAAAUCAAGAUGUUAUUGACAAAUUAACGGAAUUGGCUGAUUUAUAUCGUAAUACAAAUGAUAAAUGGCGUGCAUUUAGUUAUCAAAAAGCCAUCAAUACACUAAAAAAGUGUACAAAACAAUUGACCACCUACGAGGAAAUAAUUGCCUUGCCUGAGAUUGGUCAACGUUUGGCAACAAAAAUAUUAGAAAUUAUUGAAACGGGUCAUCUAUCAAAAUUAGAAGAAUAUCAAACAAAUGAUGAAGUGAAAAAAAUGGACAUGUUUACCAAGAUAUGGGGUGCGGGACCGGCACAAGCUAAAAAAUGGAUUGAUCAAGGUUAUCAAACAUUGGAUGAUUUACGAGCAAAAGC